AUGUUCAAACAUAACCUUCGGGGUAGGCGUCUGGUAUUUGCCGUCACAGCAGCCUCCUGCCAGGCAUUUCUCUUGCUCGGAUAUGACCAAGGUGUGAUGUCAGGCCUUGUUGGGGCGGACAAUCGAUUCGGUCGGGACUUCAACAAUCCAGAUGCUGCGUUGCAAGGAGACAUAGUGGCCCUAUAUGACAUCGGGUGUAUUAUCGGAUCCAUCGUGGUGUUCUUUAUUGGUGAGAGACUUGGACGUCGUUGGAUGCUUAUGACUGGUGGAACUAUCAUGAUCUUGGGCACUGCCAUUCUGGCUACUUCCACUACGGUUGCACAGCUGAUUGUUGGCCGGAUUGUUACCGGAGUGGGAAAUGGCAUGAAUAGCAGUACUGCCCCUGUCUACCAAAGCGAGAGCGCCCCUUCCGAGAUUCGAGGAACUCUCCUGACUCUACAGGGAACCAUGACGAUUCUCGGGCUUUGCAUCGCAUACUGGCUGGACUAUGGAACCAGUUUCACGGAUUCAUCGUUGCAAUGGCGCUUUCCCCUUGCAUUCCAGGCUGUGUUUGCUGUUUGUCUGGUUUUGCAGGUCAUCGGACUCCCCGAAACACCCAGAUGGCUCAUGAAGAACGAUCGAUAUGAAGAAGCACGUGAGGUGAUUGCGGCAAUCAAUGACGUUUCGCCCGAUGACCCAUUGGUCAUUCAAGCGUUGGCCGAUAUCGAAAAGGCGGUACACGAGGAUAUCCAGGGUGAUCAAGUGGGAUGGCGAGAUUUCUUCUCGCAUGGAAAAUUGCAAAACUGGCGAAGAUUGCUCCUAAUCAUACUCAUUGAGAUCAUGCAACAGUUUACAGGGUCUAAUAUGAUCAACUACUAUGCCCCCACGGUGUACACGGAUGCCCUUCACAUGUCCAGGAAUAUGUCAAUGAUCCUAUCCGGCUGCACAUCGCUUGCAUAUCUGGUCGGCUCUGCUCUUCCACUUCUCAUGAUGGACAAGUUUGGACGCCGUAUUCUGCUCAUCGUGUCCGCCGCCGGGCUCUCAUUCUGUUUCAUGAUGGUGGCUAUACUUCUUUCCUUUGAUCAAGUGCAGGAUGCAUAUGGGGCCACUGCAUUCAUUUUCCUGUUUCAAAUUUUCUACGGUCUAGGGUGGCUACCAGUUCCCUGGUUCUACCCCUCCGAGAUCAGUACGACCUCUCUACGAUCUAAAAGUGCUGCAAUAGCUUCGGCGUUCAACUGGCUUUCUGUGUUUGCGGUAGUAAAGAUCACCCCGAUCGCAAUCGAAAAUAUCAAUUGGCGAGUCUUUGUCAUUUUUGCUGUUCUCAAUUUCCUUUGGAUCCCAAUUGUGUAUUUCUUCUAUCCGGAAACGAAGGGUCUCGAGCUAGAAGACAUCAACUUAAUCUUUGCCAAAGGUGGCUUCACCGGUGGUGUCUUUUCCUCGGGAGGUCAGCCAGUUGUUCCUCAUCAACACGCCCGGGAAACCGAAUUGGAAGGCAAACAGCAAGCUGACAUGAUAGAGAACGUCGAGCACACUUGA